AUGGCUUCAAACAAACACGACUGGGGUUCCACUCUGGCAACUCUGAAACGCUACAAGAAGACAAAUCCGGCUCUGCAGAAGACCCAAUCAGGUUGCGUGCUUAUUUUUGCACACGGUGUAGGAUUCUCCUGGACAGUAGACUGCCAGAAUCAUGGGGAAGUGGCUAUCCUCAAUGAGAAGAUUCUCGUAGAACACCGAGGGGUACUGUCUAUCCACGACUACGCUGAGGCCUUGGUUAUCCUUCUCCGUGAUCCUCUAGGAGAUUCUAAUCCGGAGUAUAGUCGAAAGGACAGAUUCGUUCUUAUUGGUUAUUCUGCAGUCUUGUCCUCGUUGAGACCCUCGAUUCAUCAUCCGUCCGCCGAGGCCCAUCAUACUGCAGUGUCCAAGGCGUUUGCUGCCAUCAACAACCGUCAUGAUAUUUGGCCUAGCCGCGAGGCCGCUAAGGCUUGGCUUGGUCACUGUUUUCCCUGGAAAAGUUGGGAUCCGGAGGUCCUGGAUAUCUACGUAAAUCAUGGUCUACGUCCGCUGCCGACGGCGUUCUACCCCGACAAGACUGGUGGAGUCACCUUGAGCGCCAUAUGGGUGGACAAAAAUGCCACGCAUUGA